UGUCAGAGUUUGUUCUGAAGACACUGGAGCUCAACGGAAUAAUAUAACUGUCUUAAUUUCAUCAGCAGCAGACAGAAUGACGGUUCCUGAAGGGAUUCAUCUGUUUCUGUUUGUUCUUCUUAUGGUCUUCUGCACCGGCUCAAAAGAAAAGUUAAUAAUUGUGCCUGAAAAAGCAGUAGAAAUUAAAGAAGGAUCAUGUGUGACCAUCCCCUGUGCUUACAAAAAAGAAAAUGACGAAACAUCUACACUGUUGUGGUUUAAAGAUCCAAAAUAUGAGUCACAAAUGUAUAUCGGGACUAUUGUAUACAGUAACACAAGGGAACGUCCCCAGUCAUCAGAUUACUCCAGCAGAGCUGAAUACAUCAUCAAUGCAACAUCACUGAAGCAGCAAACACAGCAGGAUAACAACUGGAUAAAAUGUGAUUUAAGAAUCACCGAUCUUCAAAAGACAGACAGUGGGAAAUACAUGUUUAGAUUUAUUUAUUCCACGAGAAAGUUCAUGAGUGAUGCUCUGACUCUCACGGUUACAGACAAUCCUUGUAAGGUGCACAUUGAACCAUCAGAGCUGAUAAAUCCACUCCAAGAGUCAGAAGAAUUGACUGUUCGCUGUUCCACAUCUGGUUCCUGUGAUUCUUAUCCUGAAUGGCUCAUCCAUACAUCAGGACAAAAGCAAGAGUGGAUUUCCUCCUUGACAACUCAUAUGAUCGGACUGACUGAAGAGGAAGGAGGAGACCGAAAGGUCACCAAAUUAAAGCUCAAUGUGACAUGGAAAGAUGAUAACCGCACUCUGUCUUGUCGUCCAGCGAAGAGUGAGGACAGCUGCCAGAUCAGAAAUAUCACACUGUCUGUGGAAUAUGCUCCUAAAGACACAAAGGCAACCGUGAGCUCUGAAGAUGUAAAGGAGGGAGGUUCAGUCACUCUCUCCUGCAGCAGUGCAGGACGCCCUGAUGUCAGCUUCACAUGGUUCAGAAACGAGAAAACAGAAAAAGCUCAACAAAUGUCUGUCUGGAAACUAAUUAAUGUGAAACAGGAAGACAGUGGAGAAUAUUACUGUGAAGCUGAAAACAAGCAUGGAGCAAAUAAAUCAAAUAGCAUUAGAAUUGAUGUGAAGUAUGGUCCACAAGGCGUCACAGUUCAUCCUCUGGUCAGUGUUACAGAUCUCAAAGAGGGAGGCAAACUAAAACUCAAGUGUUCAGUCCAGAACAGUAACCCAACAGUCAAUCAGUUUACAUGGUACAAAAAUUCCCAAGCCCUGUAUAAAACUGGCGAGACACUCAUCAUCAGUGAAGUUACUGCAGAGGACAGAGGAUCUUACUAUUGUCAGGCUGAUAAUGGGAUAAAAACUGUGAAAUCAGGUGACCUCUGGGUUUCUGUAAUGUAUUCACCAAGAAACAUCAAAAUCGAGGGCUCUGCCUCUGUAAAAGUGGGCACUCCACUGACUUUGACGUGCUCAGCUGAUGCUAACCCUCCGUCACUCAUGUACACAUGGAAGCACAAACCUGGACUGUCUUCUUUCCCGUUAUCAGUAAAAACUGGACAGUUAAACAUUUUGAAAAUGACCAUUCAACAUGCAGGGCAGUACACAUGUGAUGUUACCAACACUAUUGGCACAAGAUCACACACCAUUACAGUUGGUGUGCUUUAUCCUCCAUCUAAUCUCAGUUUGAUCAUGAAGGAGGAAGUGAGAGAGUUUGAAGUGAUCUCCAUUAUCUGCUCGGUUCAAAGCUUUCCUGACUCACAGCUCACAGUGACAGGACCUCGGGGUGAUCUGAAAUCUGUUCAGAAGAAUCGAGUGAACAGCACUGCAUCUGCAAACAUGUUUACACAAUACUUCAAUGUCUCUGAGUCAGAUGCAGGGAUGUACACAUGCAAAGCAGAAAAUUCAGAAGGAAAUUCAGAAACUAAACGAGAGCUAAUUGUGUUGCAUGCACCUAAAAAUGUGAGUGUAAGCUCUAAAGGAGAACAGAAAUCUGGGAGUGAGCUGACCCUUACAUGUGAGGCUCACUCCAAACCUGCUCCAUCCUCAUAUGAGUGGAAGAAACGCUUUAAUGGGAGAAUAAACACUGUCGGACAUGAACAGGAACUACAAUUUACCUCUCUGAAAGUCACUGAUUCUGGUCAGUACGUCUGUAUUGCUCAUAAUUCCAUUGGAAAAACAGAAUCCACAUCUGUAGAGAUCAAGGUCAAGUAUGCUCCAAACAUGAAUAUUGUCCAUAACAUGACAACUUUAACUCAGUGGAAUUGGGAGAUUCCAGUCCGUCUGACCUGCAGUGCAGAUGCGUAUCCUGCCGUCACGGAGUACAAAUGGUACAGAGAGGAGGAUAACACCACGGUAGUAUCACACCAGCAGAACUUCACUGUUUGGCAAAAGAGCCCAGGAAUGUAUUACUGUACAGCAGCCAAUGCUAUCGGAAAAUCACAAUCCAAAAGCAUCAAGUUAUUUAUCAGCAGCAACUUUCUCAUGCUCUAUCACAUCAUCUUUCUCCUGUUGAUUCUCUCUGGUGCGACCAUCUUCCUGAUACACAGGUUAAUCAUCAAGCCAAGAUUUGAUCAACAAAGUGAAACAGAUCCUUUCUACCUUUUCCCGUUCCCAUCCGAAACUACUACAACUGUAUAUUACUAUGGAACUGUCAGCAAAAAUAGCAGCAAAAAAAAUUACUGAUGCAGAAGUCCAAACCAUAGCAUCUGAAAACUGAAUUUCCAAAGAGAGGAACCUGAUUAUGAGGAUGUUUGUGCUGCUUGUGCUCCACCGCCUUCAUAGACUGAUUCCAAUGGCAGUGAAAAGGAAGUGAAUUAUGCCACUGUCUUUGCCCGCUUUUUUUUCUGAAAUGCAUUACUGUAUAUUUACAUAGAGGCACCAUUAUGUAGAGUAUGUCUGGCACAUAGACUCACAAGGACUCUAGGAUGCCCCAAAUUACCACUUUGGAAUUGUGUUUUUAAUUGUUUAUUUUAUUCUAUAUACACAAACACAUUUGAACCAUAAAUAAUGUGGUGAAUUACAUUUCAAAUCUGUAAACUAAUUGAAAACUAUUAGUGUAAGUGAACUUACUCUCCUGUCACUUCAACAUACUUUCAUGAUGUUAACAACAUGAAGAACAUGAUAGAAAACAAAUGCUUUUCCAGUAUCCCAAAGCAAAAAAAUUCUAAAUGCAGUGAUGCAAUGCUGAAAAGGUUAAGCAUUGCCUUACAAAUUGGUCAUUUCAAAAUCAGAUUAAACAGAAUAUCGGUUGUGAUGAUUCCAGUAUGAGACAGGUUGGGGGAAAGAAAUUGGGGGCAGCGUCAGUGAGAAUGCCAAGCUUAUUUUUGCCAUCCCAGCCAUGUAAAGCAUAGCUACAGAUUAUGAUCAGUAUGUAACUUGAUCAAAGAAGAGAGGCAAGCUGAGUCAUUUAAAGAGGAUGGAUUGAUGGAUUGAUCAAUUUCUGGUCCCAGUCCAUCAGAAUUAGUGUUUGUACGAA